AGUUGAGUGGCAGCCGCUCGCUCGGCCAGUCGCGCGUUACAGUUCCUCUUGAAGCCACCUUCCGUCCGAACCUGCAGUGUCCCAGUGCUUCUGUGUUCAGUGGAUAACUCCUUGAAUUCCGUGCGCCGAUGAGAGAUUGACAGGCCGGCCCUUGCUCCUCCCGCUCCUGCCGCUGCCAGGCCCCGCUCGAUCCCGCCAACGACUCCUCCUUCCAGUCGGGGUCAUCCACCUGCCCGGAUCCUGCCGCAGGAGCGCCCGCCUACGUCACUAGCCCCAGCCGCGCGCUGGACUAGUGUACCUUCGCCCGCCAGUGACCACUCCGCCGCCCUCGCCGCCCGCACCUUCCGCGGGCUGUGACGAGCACGUGAGUGAGCGUGUGUGUGCGUGUGUGUGAGCGUGUGCGUGUGUGAGUGUGCGUGUGCGUCGAAGGAGCCAUCGACUCCGACCUCCCACGCCCCCACGCACUCCGCCCGCCCCACCCUCGCCCUCCGUCAGCCGCGGCGCCUUCGGGAGCGAAGUCUUUGCGCUUGUAACCGUGGCCGAAGAAGCUCUCUUCAUGAUUACCAUGGACAUUCCGACGCCGCCGACGCCACAUCAGGUGGUCACCCAGAACAUCAUGCAGCAGCCCAGCCCCGACGACGCCAAGAAGAAACUGUCCGGCACCUAUUACUUUGGCGAGAAUCCAUCGAAAGGUGAGUGCCAUGGCGGCGUGAACCAGCUGGGCGGCGUGUUCGUGAACGGCCGUCCUCUGCCCGACAUGGUACGACAGAGAAUAGUGGAGCUUGCACACAACGGCGUCCGUCCCUGCGACAUCUCCCGCCAGCUGAGGGUGUCCCACGGAUGCGUCUCCAAGAUCCUGUCGAGGUACUAUGAGACGGGUUCCAUCCGGCCGGGCGUGAUCGGCGGCUCCAAGCCCAAGGUCGCCACGCCCACGGUGGUGGACGCCAUCGCCAACUACAAGAAGCAGAACCCGACCAUGUUCGCGUGGGAGAUCCGCGAGCGGCUGCUCUCCGACUGCGUGUGCGACCAGGAGAGCGUGCCCUCCGUCUCCAGUAUAAACAGAAUCGUGCGCAACAAGGCGGCGGAGAAAGCUAAGCACUCGAUGCCCGGCACGCUGUCCCCGGUGUCCCAGGCGACGUCGGUGAUCGCCCACGCCCCGCCCGCGCCCCACGAGACCGCCCUCCAACGCCAGGGCUCCUACUCCAUCAACGGCAUCCUGGGCAUCCCGCCCCACACCGACCCCAAUGGAAACAUCAACAAGAGGAAACGAGAGGAGACUGAUGAACCUCGCGAUAUGAUUGGUCACCCAGACGACGACCCGAAGCGCCAGAGAACGCAGUACAACACAGAUCCGCUAUACACUAAUAUGUUAUGGUCGAAGCAAGCCUGGCCGGCCCUCAAGACCGAAGACGCCACCAAGACGUUGCUUCCAGACCUCGGCGGCGGCGUCACGGGAGGCGCCGCUUCCCCCUACAGCAGCGUCCAGUCGUUCGUGGACCACCCGGCCAGCUACCCGUCGGUGUCCGCCGCCUCCGCCUCCACGGACGCUCUCUAUGAGACGAUGGCCAUGACGCAAUCCAACACCAACCAGGUCUACUCGCCUCCUCUCGCUACUUCUCUCGGUAGCGCAGGUGGACUGACACCUCUCACACCCAUCACCAUGCAAGAUGUGAAGCCCGUGCUCGCUGCUCCUUCAGUCCUUGACACAACCGCAUCCCAGUUCCAUCAAGGUGGGUCCGUCUACACCCCCCUGAGCAGCACGCAGCCUCAGCCCUCCUCAAACGCCGCCUACACCACCGCCCACUACCCGGACCACACGCCCGUGUCGCCUGCCCAGUGCACGUCGAGCGAGAGCGUGACGUCGCUGGACACGCUGGUGGUGGCGCCCUGCUCGUCACCGCUCAAGGCGGACACGCCCUGCACCUCUGCCCUCACGGUCCUCCAGCCCGCGUCGCACGCCCAUGCCGCCACCCACCACGUUCCCAACCAUGCACACACCCACGUGCAUACCCCAUCGCAUGCCCACGUACCCAUGCAUGCCCAUGCCGCGGUCACUCCCGACCCGACCUACACCACCCUCCCGCCCAUCACGCACUACUCAGGCACGGCCGGGUCCAUGGCAGAUUACACGUACUCCUCACCGUACACUCAGUAUUCCUCCGCGUACCCCACUUAUGGCUACGGCACGGGGGGUCUCCUUAACAUGGGGAACUACUCGACCUCCAGCAACGGUGGUAACAACGGCAGCGGCGGUGGCAACAGCGUCAACAGCAACGCCACCACCAACAACGCCAACACCACCCCCAACAACAACAACAACAGUCACAACAACACGGCGGCGCGGCUGCGCAUGCUGCAGUCGUCCCUGGGCGCCUCCAUGUGCGGCAGACAGGACCGCUGCACGUAACGCUGUGACGUCACCUCGUCUCUGCUGUGCGUCCGUUGGCGAGCAGGUGUCCGGCUUAUCAAGACAACUGUGAUGCGACAGACCUCCGCUCCCCCUCCUCGCUGCCCCUCCCCCUCCCGAGGGUCUCCCCUCCCCCCUCCCUUCCCUCCCGCGCUCCGGAGGCACGAGCCUCACGCAGACGCGGCCGCGAGAGAAGGACUGAGGGAGAAGGAAGAUCGCGAUGAACCAGAGAUUUAUAUAUGUGGAUAAGGAGCUGCAGAAGUCAGAGAAGAAUAGCGAAGACGUCUACGAAGAGGAGGAGAAGCCAAAAAGGACCCGAAGACAAAAAGAGAAAGGAACACAAGUCUCCACGACCUGCGCGCCACAAGCCGCGGAGAGAGCGAGAGACGACCUCUAGUAUAGCUGAGUGCGUGUUUGAGCAGCACGGACCGAUCUCUUAGCUAGGAUACCAAAGAAUACCCACUCAAGUCACGAGCUUGCUUGAGUCGUGGCGGCCGAACGACCCUUUCCUUCUUCAGGCACACGCGUUCACUUCAGGAACGAACACCUCACGGUCAACACAGCCCCCUCCCCCCGCCUCUUGCCCUCCCCCUCCCUCCCUCCUGCCCCUCCGCCCGAGGCAUUUCAUCUUGUACAUAGCACCCGUCGACGCAGGCCUUUCCUGGUGUGCCUGAAGGAGGCAAGCGAGGGGCGCCGACUCGCACACCUCUUUCCACUCUGGGCGCGGCGGGGAAGCCUUCCUCCCGACACGGGAUGAAAGCAGCCUGUCCCCGGCGCCGGCCACUCUCCUCUGUCGGGUCUCGGUUUUCUGUUUUGUUUUUGGGGUUUGUCGCUGUCCAGGACCUAGAUCUACUGACUCGUGUUUUUGGCAUCGAUCAAAAACUUUCUAAAUCCCUGUAUCGUUUAAGUUUUAUGAUUUUUUUUCAUUAUGAUAAUAUAUGAAUUUUUUUUUCAAACAAAGACGCCUGUGAAAUGGUGAUUCGAUUACCUCUUUUUAUAUAUAUAUACGAAUAUAUAUAUUAUAUAUAUAUACAUAUAUACCUCUUAUUUUGUCUUGAAGAGGCUAAGAAAAACAACAAGAAAGCGGUUGAGGGUUCCGCGGGCGGCCGUCCGGGCCCUCGGGCACUGCUGUUAACCAAAGAGGCGUUUUUGGCUUCUGUCUCCCAGCCUGUGUGGUACAAGGCGAAGCUUAGUCAGGUGGACCUCUCGUGGCACGGAGGUUGCUAAUCAGGCCUCCGUUUUGUAGGAGGCCAUGUUUUUUUGUAUAGACAUGUUUUUAAAAAAGAAAGAAAAAAAAAGAAGGAUGACAAGUUGACCUAUGUAUUAUUAAUAAAAAAGACCUAUUUAUAAAAUCUGCCGAAGUUAAAUGCCCUAGGUAGGUCAUAGAGUUAAGGAGAGAAUAGGUUUAAGGUUUUCCUAUCGCCCAUUCCCAGUCCCUCCCAGGAUGCAACAGCAACACUGAACCCCAUCCACCCCCUCUCUCUCUUAUUUUACGCCGACUCUUUUUUUAUUUAUUUUAUUUUGCCCAUUACCACUCAGUUAUAUUGUACAGUAUUAGUCCUAGGGUCUCCAUCGCACCUUAUAGAUGCCCCCACGUUUCACAGUCACAAAGUAUUACGCGUUUGGUAAGAACGUCAUUGAUUUGAUUAAGAUAAACAAAGCGGACCGGUAUUCUGGACCAAAUACCGGUUUUGAGUUUUUUUAAUUAUUGUUAUUAUUAUGAUGAUGAUUAUCAUUAUUAUUCUAAUUUGUAAGAGAUUAUCCACUGCAGCUGUAUUGCCUACGGGUCAGUCUGGAUUUUAUGCUUGUCAGGAUACCUAGAUUUAACAAAUAAAGUAUUUGUCAAAGUUUUUAUGUAUGAGUGUCUUAAAAGGCGAACGGCAGGUGACGCUGUCGCUUCGUUGCAUAUGGCUACAUGAACUAGUCUCAAUCAUUCACUUUCAAUGAAAAACGAAAGAAAAUUCUGAUUUAUCUAUCUCAUAUCAUAUUUGAUAACUCUUUAUAUAUAUUUUUCCUUUUCGAAAUACUCCUACUUGUAAUCGGAAUUCUCAAAAUUUAGAAUACUUCCCCCCCCCCCACACACACACAAACUCUUUUUUUUUUUAUAUACAAAUUCUCAUGCAAAGAAUUCUCAUUAUUUCUAAAGCCUUAUUUUUAAAAGGUGAUUUUUAAUUAUUUAAUUGUUUCUCUCAACGAAAGUCCGGCCACCACGAAGUGCUGCGCCGGACGUGUACAUUUGGGGCUUCAUUGCGAAAGGGUAACAGGUGUAAAGCUUUUAUGUUCGAGUUUUGUUUGUAGUCUGUUAUGUACAGUCACUGCAUUGCUCCUUUAUGUGUAAAAGCAUUAUGUUUACGAUAAUGACUUAUAAUUGAUUAUAGAUUUUUAUCAUUAUUAUUAUCAUGUGUUUCUUUUUUGUCAUGCAUUCAGUGUGUACCGUCACAGUAUCUCUGAAUGUUUAUGCUGUAAAAAAUUUUGUGUUCGUUGGUCGAUGGGGCUUAAGCGCCUCAUCGUCAGCCUAUAUGCAAUUAUUGCUUGAUUUCUUGUCAUCAAUUAGAUUUUUAUAUAUACCUUAUGUCCAAAACAUUGUUAUUAUGGUCGUUAUAUCAUUUUUUUUCUAUAUCUCCAGUGACAGUGUUUCAUAUUUUUUAUUUUGUCUCAACCUACAAACAGUAAAAUGCGCAUCAGUAUGUUGUGAAUUGGUUGCCAGUUUGUGUAUUUGCUUGGAUUUUUUUCCACUAUUGAAGAGAGCGAGUCUUCCACGACUGUCUGUAACUGAUGCUAUUUAGUCAGACACAGUAAAACCUACAUAUUGAUGUAUGCAGCAACGGUAGGUAUAGCUAUAGAAAUAAACAACUGCUCUUUAUAGUAAAAAAAAAAAAA